AUGCCGACCCCUGUUCCGUCCGAUGCCCUGCCAAAACUACAAGAACUAGCAACAUGGGUCUCCCAGAGUGCUGAAAUGAAGGGGAGCAAACCCGAACUUUUGGAAUGCGUGGACAACGAUCGGAAAGAGAAAGCACGGCCAUUAUUGGAGAAGUUAGGAUAUGCCAACAUCAAGCAUACUGCUUUGCUGCUGCGAAUAUGUGGCAAGGCUUCCAUUGCGAAACCUAUAUCUUGCAAGCUAUUAUUCUUUCCGCUGUCAGGAGAAGACGUAAAUAUCGAUGGCGAAAUUCUCACAUCAGGGACCUACAUAGAGCUUACGAAGACUUUGGAGCUCGACGCACGCCUUGAUUGUCUGAUCUUGAUUGUCUGA